AUGAGCUGGUUCAACGCCUCGCAGCUCUCCAGCUUCGCCAAGCAGGCGCUGUCGCAGGCCCAGAAGUCCAUCGACCGGGUGCUGGACAUCCAGGCCGAGGAGAGCCCCUGGCCCGACGCCGUCAUCCCCGACUACGGCGACGGAACAAAUUCUCUCAUAAGUGGAGGAUGGGAUACAUCUUCUUGGGGCUUAAGCUCAAAUACAGAACCACAGAAUCAACCCGUAUCACCAACAGCAAUCACUAAGCCAGUGAGGAGGACAGUAGUAGAUGAAUCCGAAAACUUCUUCAGUGCCUUUCUCUCUCCGACAGACGUUCAGAGUAUACAGAAAAAUCCAGUGGUAUCCAAACCUCCAGCCAAAUCACAGCGACCCAAAGAGGAAGUGAAAACCACUUUAAAGGAGUCUCAACACCCCAGUCAGCUGGAAGUACCAGUGACAACAGAGGCAGAAGUGAAGGAUUCCUCUGUAGCUGCCCUAGCGGACUUGAAAAACCUUGAUAUUCCCAAGGAGAAAUUAGAAGAGAAUUCUGUGCUGAAGUCUGAUGCCAAGCCUGAAGAAAGCACAAAUGAAGGUACUGACAAAAAGGUGUCUGCUCUAACUUUGGAAGUACCUGAGGAUGCUCAUAAUGAAAAAUCCAGUGUAGAAGGGGAUGGAACGGGAGGUGCACAGCGCAGCACUUCGCAGCCUCUUCAUGCAGGUACAAAAGAUGUGGGUUUGGAAACUAAGGAGCGAAAGACUGAGGACAGGCAAAGCAAUACGCCAUCGCCUCCAAUUAGCACUUUCUCCUCGGGGACAUCCACAACUAGUGAUAUUGAAGUUCUGGACCAUGAAAGUGUAAUAAGUGAGAGCUCAGUAAGUUCAAGACAAGAAGCUGCAGAUUCAAAAUCAAGUCUUCAUCUAAUGCAAACAUCAUUUCAGCUUUUAUCUACAUCUGCCUGUGCAGAUUAUAAUCGUUUAGAUGACUUUCAAAAAAUGACCGAGAGCUGCUGCUCCUCUGAUGCUUUUGAAAGAAUCGAUUCAUUUAGUGUACAGUCUUUAGAUAGUAGAAGUGUAAGCGAAAUAAAUUCAGAUGAUGAGUUGUCAGGUAGGGCUUCUGCUUCAGCAUCUGUCGCUGUCAGUCCUUCUGCGCCAAAGACAGAAACGGUUGAUGCCCUGAAAAAUAAAUCUGAAAACUUGAAUGACACCUCUGUUUUACAUCCUGAGGAAGCUGAGAUGGAAGAGAGUGGGAGAAGCGCGACCCCUGUUAAUUCUGAGCAGCCAGAUGUUUUGGUUGCUACUGUGCAAACUGUUGAAGAACAGACUGUGAAAGAGGAGGCUGAGCCACAGCAGGAUGCUGUUGAAAAAUUGUCAGAAGAGGACACUGAAAAGCAAGAGCUUAAAAAGAUGAUUGAUUCAUUAACUGAGAAACUGGAGAAGAGGGAAAUACAGUUAUUAAGUACUAGUAAAGAAAAGGCGCGUCUGGAAGAAGCUUAUGAUAACCUAAAAGAUGAAAUGUUUAGAAUGAAAGAAGAGAGCAGUAGCCUUUCAUCUCUUAAAGAGGAGUUUGCUCAGCGAAUUGCGGAUGCUGAAAAGAAGCUCCAGCUAGCCUGCAAAGAAAGAGAUGCAGCUAAAAAGGAAGUAAAGACUGUUAAAGAAGAAUUGGCUACUAGACUUAAUACCAAUGAAACUGCCGAAUUACUGAAAGAGAAGGAAGAGCAAAUCAAAGGAUUAAUGGAGGAAGGAGAAAAGCUUUCCAAACAGCAGCUGCACAAUUCCAACAUUAUUAAGAAAUUAAGAGCCAAAGAGAAAGAGAGGGAAAAUACUAACACAAAACAGAACAAAAAGAUUAAGGAAAUGGAAGAGGAGUUGCAGCAUUUAAAACAGGUGCUUGAUGGCAAGGAGGACCUUGAGAAGCAACAUCGAGACAGCAUUAAACAACUGAACAGUGUUGUAGAGCGACAAGAAAAGGAUCUUGCUAAACUUCAGGCAGAAGUGGAAGACCUUGAAGAACGGAACAGAAGUGUCCAGGCAGCACUUGACAGCGCAUACAAGGAACUUGCAGAUCUUCAUAAAGCUAAUGCAACAAAGGACAGUGAGGCACAAGAAGCAGCCCUAAGUCGGGAAAUGAAGGCAAAGGAAGAGCUUGGGUUAGCUCUGGAGAAGGCCCAGGAUGAGGCACGACAACAACAAGAAGCUUUGGCAAUUCAGGUGGCAGACCUGAGGCUAGCGCUGCAACGUGCAGAACAGCAGGCAGCAAGAAAAGAAGACUAUUUACGCCAGGAAAUCGGUGAACUACAACAGAGACUCCAAGAAGCAGAGAGCCGGAACCAAGAACUAAGUCAAAGUGUUACAUCUGCUACACGGCCACUUCUCCGGCAGAUAGAAAACCUGCAAGCCACACUGGGAGCACAGACCUCUGCGUGGGAAAAAUUGGAAAAGAACCUUUCUGACAGACUUGGUGAGUCUCAAACUCUUCUAGCAGCAGCUGCUGAGAGAGAACGGGCUGCUACAGAAGAACUUCUUUCUAAUAAAAUUCAGAUGUCUUCUACUGAAUCUCAGAAUAGUCUUUUAAGGCAAGAAAAUACACGCCUUCAGGCUCAGCUAGAAGUGGAGAGAAACAGGUUGAAGAAAAUGGAAAAUGAAAACAGUAGGUAUGAAAUUGAACUAGAAGGGCUCAAAGAUGAGUAUGCAAAAACCUUGGAAGAUGCAAAGAAAGAAAAGACGCUGCUAGCUACUCAGCUAGAAAUGGAGAAAAUGAAAGUUGAGCAGGAAAGAAAGAAGGCAAUUUUUGUGCAAGAAGCAGCAAAGGAGAAGGAUCGGAAGUCAUUUACAGUUGAAACUGUUUCAAGUACUCCAACUAUGUCACGCUCUAGUUCCAUAAGUGGAGUUGACAUGGCAGGUCUUCAGACAUCUUUCCUCUCACAGGAUGAUCCUCAUGAUCAUUCAUUUGGGCCAAUAGCUGCUAGUGGGAGCAAUCUUUAUGAUGCUAUUAGGAUGGGAGCAGGUUCAAGUAUCAUUGAAAACCUUCAAUCACAGCUAAAACUAAGAGAAGGAGAGAUUUCUCAUCUACAGCUGGAAAUUGGAAACCUUGAGAAAACUCGAUCAAUAAUGGCAGAAGAACUGGUUAAAUUAACAAAUCAAAAUGAUGAACUUGAAGAAAAAGUGAAGGAAAUACCAAAAUUACGUGCACAGUUAAAGGAUUUGGAUCAAAGAUACAAUACAAUUCUUCAGAUGUAUGGAGAGAAAGCAGAAGAAGCUGAAGAACUCCGACUAGAUCUCGAAGAUGUGAAAAACAUGUACAAGACUCAGAUAGAUGAACUUUUAAAACAAAGACAAAACUAAUUCUUUGCUGGAACUCUUAACAUUAUAUGAUAACAGAUUGUAAAGAGAAUUGUUUCUGUAAAUGCUGAAUUUAAAUGUCUUGUAAAAAAACCCCAACAAACUGUAUUAUAGAAAGUGUGACUAUAUAAUAGAGUUCAUAUGUUGACAAAAAAAAAUCAAUGCUUUAAGUGUCUUGUACUGUCUGCAGUUAAAUUAUUUGUGCAAUAUUU